GUCCACGGAUCUGGCCAGCGGCCUGCAGUAUUCCCAGCAGUGUGUGGGAGAGUUGGAUUGGACUCUUUGCUGUCUCCAUGCAGCGGAAGAACAUGGACAGUUAUAACAAGGAGGUAACCAAAGACAGAGAUGCCCUCAGGCUGGAGUCAUACAAGAACAGCCAAAACAAUAAGGACCGGAAGCAGAAGAACUCAGAACUAGAAGAGAAGCUUCAAGUCCUAGUGACCGAAGAUUUCGACUCAAUCUGAAGCAACUGCAAAGGAAGCUGGAGAGGGCUAAGAUCCUGCUUCAGGCAAGAGGCUGCAGCCCCAGGGGUGGUGGGAGCCCUAUCCAAGCUGGGGACAUGGUCUAGGGAUCAUGCAGGUUAUGGGGAGGCUCCAGCCAAGAGCUGGAAAAUUUGGGUCCUUGUUCUGGUCCUGCCAUAGAAUCCUCUAGAGACUGCUAAAAAUCUACAAACUGGGCCCUGCCAUAGACCUGGGGAACCAGAAUCUCAGGGUUAGGGCUUAAAUUUGUUUUAAAUGCAUCAUGGAUGAAAACCAUUAUUAUAUAGAUUACACUUAUAUGGCUAGCUCAUGAGUCUGUUUAUUUCCUUCUGAGGUUCAAGCCAACACUUCAACUAUUCCACGGUGAUAAUAGAUUGUAGAGUUUUUGUUUGUUUGUUUUUUUCUUGGGAUGGGGCCUCCCUCUAUCACUAGGGCUGGAGUGCAGUGGCAUGACCUCGGCUCACUGCAACCUCCACCUCCCAGGCUCAAGCGAUCCUCCUGCCUCAGCCUCUCAAGUAGCUGGGACUACAGGUGCAUGCCACCACUCCUGGGUAAUUUUUGUAUUUGUACAGAUGGGGCUUUGCCAUGUUGCCCAGAUUGGUCUUGAACUCCUGACCUCAAGCAAUCCACCCACCUCAGCCUCCUAAAGUGUUGUUAUUAUAGGCAUGAGCCACCAUCCUUGGCCUGAGAUCUUUUUAAAAAUUAUUUAAUAUUUUAUUUCUAAAGCAAAGCAACUUCACAGUAGAGAUCUUUAUUGAUCAAGUUGUACAUUGAGCCCAGCUCUAGACCUUUUAAAGGGCACUGUGUGGAAUGGCCCAGGAUCCCCAGAUCUGAACUUCUCACUCUUUACCAUUCAAUUUGAUUCUAGGAAGUCAGCGCGAAACAGUCUUAGAUUCCCUGCCUCCAGACCUUAUUUUCCUGCCUCAUAGAGCUUUAUGUUACUGUCCUUUUGAGAGAAUCCAGAUUCAGGCUUUCAGUUCUGUGGCUGUGGGCCAAAACCAACAAAGACCCAAAUCCUCUGUCCUUGGGAGCUUGAGGAGAGUUUACCAGUUCAUGGUCCUAGUGGGUCUGAGAACUUUGCCUUUAAGAUCCACUCCUGGCCCCUGCCUACUGCUUCAUGGCCUGGGGAAUUGAGUGGAGGGGGCCACCCUUGGUCACCUUCCUUUGACUCUCUCCAAGAAACAGCACAACCAAGAAAUUGUGGAUCAACUGGAAGUAGUAAUGUGAUUUCUUUGCUCACGGCAUGACUGCUGGGUUUGGGGGGCAUUCAGAUGUAGAGGUGCCAGUCUCAUCUUGCUGACCCCCAGCCUGGGGAAAAAGGCUCACCCCCGAGAUUCCACCUCAUCCCCACAGGGUCCCUGAUAACCUGGUCCCAUGGGUGGGCCUGUCCUGGGGCAUUGGUGGCAUUCUGGGGGCAUGUCCCUUGCUGUGCCAUCUCUGCCUCCCCCAGUAAGAGCUCUGUCUUCCUCUUCCUAUAGGAAAAGCAAGAAAGCCAGCAAAACCAGGGAGAGCCCUAAAGAGGCAGUUAGAGGUGAGUGGAGGGUGUGAAGUUCCCUCCUGUCCUCUGGAGAAUGUUGCUUUCCUUCUCUUUCAGCAUCUGCUCGGCUUUUCUCCCAAAAGUUCAAAUCAGACAAUUGGAAUCUUGAUGUUUGAGAAAGCAGAAUUGAAGACAGCACUGUAUCACACUGAACGUGCUGCUGCCAGGCAGUUUGAAGCAGACGAACAUGGACAGCGUGAGUCCUACAGCCUCCCUCAUCCCCUGGCAGCCCAGCUUCCCAGAUGGAGGAGUUGAAGCUGGUUAUGAAGCCCUUGAUGCUAACCAGCAGUUACAGCAGGCCAUGGAGGAGCGGGCACAGCUGGAAGUACACCUGGGGCAGGUGCACACGUUGAGGGAGGAGACGGCGCAUAGCAUGAGUCGAGUACAGGAGCUGGAGAUGAGCUUGGCUGAACUAAGGAACCAGAUGGUGCCGUGGGAGGCAGACACCAAGUUCUGGGGUCUCCAGCUGCAGCAGCAGCUACAAGCAGAGGCUGAGCACCUGUGGGAGGAGCUGGAGAGUCUAGCAGGACAGCUCCAGUGGGCCCACAUGCAAGACAAUGAGGACUUGAAAUGCCUGAACUGGGAGCAGGAGGAGAGGCUGCUGGAGCUGUGGCGGGUGGCUGAGCUCUGCGGGGAGCAGGCGGAGAAUCAUCAUGCUAGCCCCAAUCUCAUGGAUGAAAGCAAGACCUUGUCAUUAACCGAGAGCCUGCAACAACUCUCCCAACAGCUCAAUGGCGUUGUUUCUGAGGAACUUCAGAAAUUGAGGGGAGUGCGGGGGAAAGGAAAGUAUGAUAGAAAGAAACUGAGGCAGGAAUCACCAGAGAGAGGAAAGAUCCUGGGACCGGCCGAUUUGCUGGGCCAUGUUGAGGAAGUUGCCUCUUUCCUGAGGCUUCUUCCUUGA